CUACAUUCAAAGCGGUCACUGAGCUAAAACAAGCUCAAUGUGUUUGGUUCGAUGUCGCCGUAUUAGCCCCCGGCUUUUGUUGAGUCAAACUGUUGUUUUCUAUUCAUCUAUCUCUCAAGAUUCCUGCUCUGUCAUCUAUCACUGCAUCUCGCUUUUCGCCCGUCGCCAGAUAGAAUAAGCUCCCGAUGGCCUCCAAAAGCGAUAAGCCUGUAAAAAAUGCGUCUGGCCGCUACGACAAUGUCGAUUUCCACAAAGCCGUGGGCUUCAAACUUCCAACCGUCAAAGCAAGCUAUAAUCGACGCGACAUUCUACUCUUUGCAAACGCAAUCGGCUGCACAAAGUCCGAGCUCCACUUCCUCUACGAAUUGCACCCAAAAUUCUCCUGCUUCCCAACAUUCCCUAUCAACCUCCCUUUCAAACAAACCUCCCAAGACGUCUACGAUUUUUUCGAGCGCGCCCUUGUCACCGACGUCCCUGGUGUCCCGACCUUUGAUCCAAAGCGCUCCGUCGAUGGUGAGCGCGGGAUUGAGAUUCUCAGACCCGUGCCUGUGAGCUCUCAGGGUCUGGAUCUGGAAAUCAACGCCGAAAUUGUGGGUGUGUACGACAAGGGUGGGAACAUGAUUCAGGAGGUGGUGCAGACAAUGCGAGAUGCAAAAACGGGCACUGUUUACGCGAAAAUGAGUGCGAAGGCUUUUGGGAUUGGGCAGGGUGGGUAUGGAGGACCACGAGGGCCUAACACCGUCUCCUAUAAUCCUCCGGAUCGGGCACCGGAUGCUGUCCAUGUUUUUCAGACUACCCCGGAAACUUGUUUAUUGUAUCGGCUGUGUGGAGAUUAUAAUCCUAUCCAUGCUGAUGAUGAGUUUGCGAAACAAGGCGGUUUCAAGGGGGCGUUUUUGCAGGGACUGGGAACGUGGAAUAUUGCUGCCCAUGGACUGUUGAAGGAGUUGGGUGAGAGCGAGGCAGAGAGGUUAAAGAGCUUCAAGGCAAGAUUUGCUAAUAUUGUGUACCCGGGCGAUGCCUUGGAGACGCGGAUGUGGAAGGUCGGGAGCAAGAGUGGCGUGGAUGAAGUUAUCUUUCAGACGGUGGUGCGGAGUGAUGGGCGGGUUGCACUGUCAAAUGGGUUCGCUAAGAUUCGGCAGAGCCCUUUGAGGAGUAGUCUAUAGAUU